AUGGAAUACGACUCUUCAUCCUAUCCUCAAGCCGGCCCAUCCACCAACAGUACGCCUUUCUCAGGUGAUGCUCAGUCGGAGUCAACUACCACAUAUCCGACAGACUAUUCAUCUGCUUUACCUCCUAUAGGCGAAUCAAUCACUUACAACCCGAACCCCAACCCAAACUCAUUUGUAUCUAAUGGGCUGGCUCAGCAAUCCCAGUCCUCCGGUAGCGGUACCGGGCGGGGUCGGGGCAGAGGGAGGGGAAGGGGACGGGGAUCUAGAGGAAGGGGAACAAGAGGCUCUAGAGGUGGAGGUGGUAGAGGAGGGAUGAGAAGUAGUACGAGAAUAUCAGAAAGGAUAGCUGUCGAAGGUAACAAUCACCAGAAGAAUAAGAUACCGAUCCAAUCGUUGAAAUUGUCAUUCAAGAAAACGAUAGGUGGUGGGAAUGAAAAUGCCAAUGGAAGGUAUAAUAGUUUUCUAGGUGAAUAUGAUAGAGAGCUGGAUGAGGAUCCUGACGAACCGAUAAAUUUCGAAGAACAUUUUGUUUUGAGGGUACCUAGGGAGAUCGCAGAUGGACCAAAUGGGUUGAAAGAGUUGGUUAAAGGGAAAGGGAAAGAGAAAGGGCUGGAAGGUGUGGAAUUCAAAUUUCUAGACUCCCGAAGAGCCUCAUUCAAAUUCAACAACCUCCUAUACUCCGCUAAACUCGUCGAUCUACCCAAUAUCAUCGAAUCUCAAAAAACAUUUGAUAAUCGACACUUAUUCAAGGUGGCGGAUAUCUCGCAGAUGAUGGUGGUAGAUUCAUCUGAACCGAUCCAGGACGAAUCUACCAUCACGUCAAACCCCUUGAAGAUAGAUGAGUAUAUAUGGCCUCAUGGAUUGACACCGCCAAUGCGGUACGUAAGGAAAAGACGAUUUAGGAAAAGAUUAAGUAGGAGAGCUAUAGAGGUAGUUGAAGAACAGGUUGAAGAGCUUUUGAAGAAGGAUCAAGAAGCUGAAGAAACUGGUUAUGACCUGAUUGAUGCCCAUCCCGAUCCCGAAAUUGCAGAUCAAUAUUAUAUAGACUAUGAUCCGAAUGCCCCGCCUGCAUGGUAUCCUGGCGAGUCUGGCUCGGAAUUUGGAUUUGGAGGGUACGAUGAUCCGGGUUCCGUGGCUCCUUCGCAGAUGGAAGAUUGGGAGGGUGAUUAUGGGACGGAUAUGGGUGAUGAAGGAGAUGAGAUGGGUGAAGGGGAUGAAGAUGGAGAAGAAGGUGAGGAAGGCGAUGAAGAUGGGACUUUGGAUCAGGAACUCGCUGCUGCGCUUAUGGAAGAGAUGGAAGGUUCGGAAGGCUCUGAUCACUCCGAAGACGAAGAUCCAAUAUCGGGUUCAGACGAUGAUGAUGAGGAAGAAGGAGAUGGUGACAAGUCAGAGGAAGAUGACGAGACGAUCGAAAAGCGUGCAAAGAUCAAACAGUUCACAAAUGAGAUUAAAGCUUUGGAAGCUGCCAUUGAAAAGAAGAGAGCUGGUUUCGUGGGAGGUAAUCCUAUUAUGAUGAAACGUUUCGAAGAGACCAUAUCAGGCUUACAAGCGGAUGUUCAAGCUAAGAUUGCUUCCAGGCAAAUACUACAAGAUGAACUUGGAAAAAGUGAUGAAGCGCCUAACUUACCUUCCGAUAGGGACCGAGGGGCAGAGGACCGAGAAGGUACACCGAGAGAAGGCGAUGGCGAUAUUGAUGCCGAGGGUGAAGAGGAUGAUGGUGAAGGAGAAGGAAGUACACCUGCAACAGGUAGAAAAAGAGAUGGAUCGUCUGUUCCUUAUUCAGAUGAGGAUGACUUAUUCGGUGACGACGAUGAAGAAGAUGACCAAGAGGAUCAAGACCAAGACCAAGAUGACAAUGGUGAAGAUGGAGAGGGUGAAGGUGAUGAUGAAGAGAAUCAGGCGGAUGGUGAAGGAGGAGAAGAUGGAGAUGAAUUAGAAGACGAGAUGUCAAAAUUACUAGCAGCGGAAUUAGAUACAUUGGACCAAAAUGCCAUUGAUCAAGUUCCUGGAACACCCGAAGCUCAAGCGAUGGAACUAGAUAUGGAGAGAGAGAUGGACAAUGCUCUGGCAACUGCAGCGUUGGACAGUUAUGCCAACGAUAAUAAUGAUGAUGGUCAUGGUCAAGGAGAGAACGAUAAUGACUUCUCACAACAAUUCAAUUUUGAUUUCGGUAUGGGAAUGGGUAUGAAUAAUCAGAAUAAUGCUGGGUUCGUUGAAGGUGGGGUAGGGAGGAGGAGACUGGUACAGGGCCAAGGAGAGGAGGAUGGAAGUAGUGAUAGUAGUUCGGAUGAUAGUGAUUGA